AUGCCACCUCGGUCGACCUUUAGCUUGUCGUGUCCAUGUGACGCGAAUCUCGGCGUCGGGAUCAACUUUCACGUGUCGGAUUUCUUGCGAACAAGCACAUUUGGCGACCACACUGACCCCGAAAGCGGCCAAAUGUCGCAAAAACCAGCCAUUAAGCGCUACGAGCUCGGCGCUACGCUAUCGCCGCGCCGGUUGCGCACGCGCAGCACACGCGAGCAGGGCCUCUCGCUCGCACAUCCUCAGCACUGUGGGAAAAGACGGCAGGUGUUAUGCGGGAUCGUGAACAACCACGCAUUACCAUUCACAUUAUUCAACAAUAAA